AUGAGUGGUGAACAUUCUCGAUCCUUGUCUCCUUUCCACAGAGACCCUUCCCCUCCUUCUCCGGAGCCCCCUGAUGAUUUAGUCCUCACUCUUGAUGAUGAAACAGAGGAUUUGCUUGAUUCUCAAGCAGAGUUGGUUCUCGUUGGCAGAGUUCUCGAAAGCAAAUCCUAUCGUCAACAGGCGGUAACUGACGCACUGGUUUUCGCUUGGAACCUGAUCCGGGAAAUCCAAAUUACACCUAUGGCCCACCAUCAGUUUAUCUUCCAGUUCAAUCACCUCCUAGAUGUCCAAAAUGUGUUGGAUGGAGGUCCCUGGGCUGUUACAGCUAAUCUAUUGAUUCUGGAACCGUGGAACACUACCGACAGAUGGGAUUUCACUCAUGUCGACUUCUGGGUUCAUUUCAAAGGCAUCCCACCGGAGUUACUACAUUUGGAGCUGGGUUUUCAGCUGAGGAAGAAGCUAGGCUCGCCCAAAUCUGUUAUGCUUAUACAGGGUUCUCGUGCCUCAAGCCCACAGGCCUUCUUGCGCUGCCGAAUUUCUAUGGAUAUCAGGAAACCGUUGAAGGAUACUUUAUAG